GGUAUUUAAACACUGGCCACACGCAGCCACACUGUGCAUCUACGACCUACGAGAAUUGCCACGAAGAACAGAAUUUAUUUGCUGGCAAACUCAAGACGGAUUCCAACGCCGCAAAAGUCCGUGACAGGUUUGGGAAUAGAGGUUGUUGACGCAAGCGAACGAUGGGCUCGAGCCACAGCAUCCAUGUGCCCGGCGGUGGCACCGAAGGAUACCACGUACUCAAGGUCCAGGACAACUCGCCCGGACAGAAGGCCGGUUUGGAGGCCUUCUUUGAUUUCAUCGUGGCGAUUGCCGGCACCCGUCUGGACCAGGACAAUGACAUGCUAAAGGAGUUGCUGCGCCAGAACGUCGACAAGCCGGUGCGCCUUACCGUUUACUCCAGCAAGACGCAGACGGUGCGCGAACUGACCCUCACGCCCAGCAACAGUUGGGGCGGCCAGGGCCUGCUGGGCGUCAGCAUCCGGUUCUGUUCCUUCGAGGGCGCCAAUGAAAGCGUCUGGCACAUUCUCGAGGUGCAUCCGAAUUCUCCGGCCGAGCUGGCCGGUCUGCGUGCCUACAGCGACUAUGUGAUCGGCGCAGAUGCCAUUCGCCACGAGAACGACGAUCUGUUUACGCUGAUCGAAACGCACGAGCAGCAGCCCCUUAAGAUGUACGUCUACAAUUUGGACGACGACGCUUGCCGCGAGGUAACGAUCAAGCCGAACACAGCUUGGGGCGGCGAAGGAGCUCUCGGCUGCGGCAUUGGCUUCGGUUACCUGCACCGAAUCCCUGUUCAGGCGGCUCCCGUAGCUGGCGGCGGCCCAGCCACCACUGCCUCGGAGGCUUCUGCUCCCCUGCUGACCUCGGGCGGAGUGCCUUCGACGGGUGCCCCGGUGGCUGCCGCUGCAGCUGGGUCUGCUGUUGUUUCACCAACGCUGCCUUAUAUACCGCCGUUGGCCAACACUUUUGGUUCGACAAACGCGGAGAUCAGACCACCAACCAUUGAGCCACCGGCUCAAAGCCUAUUCAAGACCUACUUUAAUCCGGAUGAAGCCACUGAUGCUCUCACUGCAGCGCUGGAGACCCAGGCCAAUAUUGGUGAACCCGCUCCUCCUGCUGCCACACCCUUUCAGUCUGUAACUGUGGGCACUGACGUGGCUGUACCUCCGGUUCAAGCACCAGCUCCAACUCCGGCUCAAGCACCAGCUCCAGCUCCGGCUCAGCCUUUGCCGCCGCCAGCUAACAUCUUUAUACCCGGUGUUUUUGAUCCCAACACACAACACAACGCAACUGUGGGUGGCAUACCCGCCGCCCAGCUGCCCUUUCCACAGGCCACGGCAGCGCCAGCGGCGGUGCCCAUGUUCUCGGCCCCGCAGCAAGUUUAUAUGUCGGCACCAUCGGUUCUCUCCUAUCCAGCCGGCGCGCAGACAGUACCCUCGUAUCCGCAGGUGCAGCCCUCCAUGGGCGGACUAUUUCCCACGCAGCCGACGCCGUUGCCCCCGCAGAUGGUCCACGCUUUUACACCAUCGGUACCACCGCCCGCGACUGCUCCAGCGGUGGACAACGAACCAAGCCAGCCAGCCGGAAACUGACUUGAAUUAGGCUGCUAAAACUGGACAAAUUGUCGUUAGGCUUUUAUCUGUAUCUGUAUCUGCGAGUAUCAUCCGAUUCUUUUGUAUGAUUGCUGUAGCGAAAAUCAAAUGUUGGCGAAGAGCUACAUGCAAAAAUGUGUACAUUGCAUUCAUAACAAUAAUCUAAAUUAAAUAUUAUAAAUAAAUAAAACUAUAAAUGUA